AACACCUCCAUCAAAAGCAAGAUCCCCUGUGUGGUGGUGGAAGGCUCAGGGCAGAUUGCUGAUGUGAUUGCCAGCCUGGUGGAGGUGGAGGAUGUUUUGACCUCUUCCAUGGUCAAAGAGAAGCUGGUGCGAUUUUUACCACGCACUGUGUCCCGGCUACCUGAAGAGGAGAUUGAGAGCUGGAUCAAGUCGCUCAAAGAAAUUCUUGAGAGUUCCCACCUACUCACAGUUAUUAAGAUGGAAGAGGCUGGUGAUGAGAUCGUGAGCAACGCCAUUUCCUAUGCGCUGUAUAAAGCCUUCAGCACUAACGAGCAGGACAAAGACAAUUGGAAUGGGCAGCUGAAGCUUCUGCUGGAGUGGAACCAACUGGACCUUGCAAAUGAUGAGAUCUUUACCAAUGACCGCCGGUGGGAGUCUGCUGACCUGCAGGAAGUCAUGUUCACGGCCCUCAUAAAGGACAGGCCCAAGUUUGUCCGACUCUUUCUGGAGAACGGCCUGAACCUGCAGAAGUUUCUCACCAAUGAAGUCCUCACCGAGCUCUUCUCCACCCACUUCAGCACCUUGGUAUACCGGAACCUACAGAUCGCCAAGAACUCCUACAACGACGCGCUCCUCACCUUUGUCUGGAAGCUUGUGGCAAACUUCCGCAGAAGCUUCUGGAAGGAGGACAGAAGCAGCAGGGAGGACUUGGAUGUGGAACUCCAUGAUGCUUCCCUCACCACCCGGCACCCUCUGCAAGCUCUCUUCAUCUGGGCCAUCCUUCAGAACAAGAAGGAACUCUCCAAGGUCAUUUGGGAGCAGACCAAAGGCUGUACUCUGGCAGCCUUGGGGGCCAGCAAGCUUCUGAAGACCCUGGCCAAAGUUAAGAAUGACAUCAACGCUGCUGGGGAAUCAGAGGAACUAGCCAAUGAGUAUGAGACCCGAGCAGUGGAGCUGUUCACUGAGUGCUACAGCAGCGAUGAAGACCUGGCAGAGCAGCUACUGGUCUACUCCUGUGAAGCCUGGGGCGGGAGCAACUGUCUGGAGCUGGCGGUGGAGGCUACAGACCAGCAUUUCAUCGCUCAGCCUGGGGUCCAGAAUUUUCUUUCGAAGCAGUGGUAUGGGGAGAUUUCCCGAGACACGAAGAACUGGAAGAUCAUCCUGUGUCUGUUCAUCAUUCCCCUGGUGGGCUGCGGCCUCGUGUCUUUCAGGAAGAAGCCCAUUGACAAGCACAAGAAGCUUCUCUGGUACUACGUGGCCUUCUUCACCUCUCCCUUCGUGGUCUUCUCCUGGAAUGUGGUCUUCUACAUCGCUUUCCUCCUGCUGUUUGCCUACGUGCUGCUCAUGGACUUCCACUCGGUGCCACACACGCCCGAGCUGAUCCUCUACGCCCUGGUCUUCGUCCUUUUCUGUGAUGAAGUGAGGCAGUGGUACAUGAAUGGAGUGAAUUAUUUUACUGACCUGUGGAACGUUAUGGACACGCUGGGGCUCUUCUACUUCAUCGCGGGUAUUGUGUUCCGCCUCCACUCUUCCAAUAAAAGCUCUUUGUACUCCGGGCGAGUCAUUUUCUGCCUGGAUUACAUUAUAUUCACUCUAAGGCUCAUCCACAUUUUCACUGUUAGCAGGAACUUAGGACCCAAGAUUAUCAUGCUGCAGCGGAUGCUGAUCGACGUUUUCUUCUUCCUGUUCCUCUUUGCUGUAUGGAUGGUGGCCUUCGGAGUGGCCAGACAGGGGAUCCUUAGGCAAAAUGAGCAGCGCUGGAGAUGGAUCUUCCGCUCUGUCAUCUAUGAGCCAUACCUGGCCAUGUUUGGCCAGGUGCCCAGUGACGUGGAUGGUACCACAUACGACUUUUCCCACUGCACCUUCUCUGGAAAUGAGUCCAAGCCACUGUGUGUGGAGCUGGAUGAGCACAACCUGCCCCGAUUCCCCGAGUGGAUCACCAUUCCGCUGGUGUGCAUCUACAUGCUCUCCACCAACAUCCUGCUGGUCAACCUCCUGGUUGCCAUGUUUGGCUACACGGUGGGCACCGUGCAGGAGAACAAUGACCAGGUCUGGAAAUUCCAGCGGUACUUCCUGGUGCAGGAGUACUGCAACCGCCUCAACAUCCCCUUCCCCUUCGUCGUCUUCGCUUACUUCUACAUGGUGGUGAAGAAGUGUUUCAAGUGCUGCUGUAAAGAGAAGAACAUGGAGUCUUCUGCCUGCUGCUUCAGAAAUGAGGACAAUGAGACUUUGGCGUGGGAGGGCGUCAUGAAGGAGAAUUACCUUGUCAAGAUCAACACGAAAGCCAACGACAACUCAGAGGAGAUGAGGCAUCGGUUUAGACAACUGGAUACAAAGCUUAACGAUCUCAAAGUUCUUCUGAAAGAGAUUGCUAAUAAAAUCAAAUAAGGUGGGUGACCAUUCAUGGAGAGAAAUCAAAUUGCAAUGAGGUCUAAUAGCCAUGUGGGUUUGGAGGCUCAUGGGACACUGAUGGACAGUGCUGCUAUUGACUUCUAAAGGAGAAUUUUUCAGGUCCCUGAGCACAUAGUCACCCUUGAGGACAUGAGUAUGGAGGACAUUGCACGUGACAAGAGGUGCAAAGGGUCACGUGUUUCUCCGUGAAGGCGCCUACACUUUCUGCAUCUCAGAGCCUUGUACUAAGGUUGAGGGUUCAAGUGUUUGCACGCCUUCUUUGCCCCUGGAACUUUCCCACCUUUGUCCCUUGCCUCUCCCAUGACUGUGACCCUGGCUCUGAUUUUAUACCUAUACUGUUAUUUUGUUUAUUUCCUACUUUCCCCUUUCCUGCAUUGUAUGAUGAAUUCACUGACAUAUUGUUAAAAAGUCCUAGCACCCUGCCCCCAAAUCAGACCAUAUUCUAAAUACCCUAGGGCAACUUCUCCCUUAUUCCCGUAUCAAAGGAGGGGCACUGAGGCAGUGACUCCUGCUGAAGAGACCAGCCCAGAAGGAACCCUUAAGAGGCGCAUUUUGCUCAUUUUGUUUUCACUGGGUAUGCCCCUCCUCCACCCUCUCAUUAUUUCCCCAUUAAAGCUGGCGAAUGGUAUUACAGGAAGUUAGGUGGCAUAGAUGUACAUAAGCAACCUCCCACUCCCUCCGGUGAUCACUGCUCACACGCCUGUGUGUUUGCCUGGGUCCAGCUUUCCCUAUGCAUGUUACACUUCAGUUACACGCCAUCAUCUGCAUACACAGUUUUCUGUAGGCCUUUACGUCAGCUAUUUUAUCAAAGAUGUUUUCUUCAUAGUCUUUCCAAGUGUUCUCAGCACUUCAGUGAUAUUCAGACUUCUGGCAGUUUCCAUGAUGUAGGUCACUGGUAGUUGACUCCACCUGGUCUUUGAAAUGAACAUCUUUGUGCAUGAAUCUUCUUUCUGCAGUAAGAGCAUCAAGAAAUCUCCUGUCUAGGACACUAGAUUCUUUGGAACAUCUGUUAAUUAUCAAGCCACUUGCAAGGCUUUUUUUCAUCAGUGUGUAGCAAAAUAGGAUUUAGCAACUUAUUCAUAAGACAUAGGAUACGCGAGGGCUCUCUCCAUUAGGACGUGAUAAUCUACUUAACUCUUACUUUAGGAAGAUGCCAGCGUUCUCGUUUAGGCGUUGUGGAGUAUGCUGAUGUUGAUGCAGAUUCUGAGUGGCUAUCUGGUUGAGCACUCCACCUCUACCCUUCGCUGGAGCAAAAGAGCUGUGCUGAGAGAAUAGGGCAGUGUUAGCACUCAUAACUAAGUUUUCAACUUUUUCAUCAACCACAUAUUCAGCGGCUGAAGGAGGGACCCUGAGCAGGAAGCUGUUGAAUGAAUAUUUUAGGUAGAAGAAUGAUGGAAGCAUUAACCCAGAUGGGUUUAUUUUUAUUUGGUCUGGCUAGUCAAGCCCUGCACGGUGACAGCAGAGAAUGGAGGAAUAAAGGAUGCCUGCUACUUAAACCCAUCCUGGUCUCACAGGAUGCUCACUCAUUGGGGUCUCAGAAGCAGAGAGUGGACGGGGCAAACUGGCAAUAAUGAAAAUGGCCAAUGGAUGGAAACUGGAGCAUUUCUGUUAGUGAGAGCAUCCCACUUUCAUUUCACCCUGAUGACCAGGGUGCUCACUCUGUCUGAAACCACCAGGAGGAAGGGUUUGUCCUCUCCAUAGGGAUUUGCAAAAAAUAAAACCUCUGCCAGCACACAGACUGUGCAGACAGAAAACCAGGACCAGGCCCUUACCAUCAACUUAAGUGAGGGACCUGAGUAAAAGAAGUGAGUGAAAUGUAAAAUUCCCUGUAAGAUUAAAUUAGCCUAGUCUACCUGCCAAUCCCCCGUUAAUGACUGUGCUCACAUGUUCAUAUUUCCACACUCUGUCUCCACCAGCUUAAGAAAACAGCCUUUGUACAUAGGGUGCUCCUGUUGAUCCUGAAAAAGAGUUAGACAAUGCCCAGGCUGUGCUCACACUUGGGGGGGGGUAGGAACUGUCAAGCUUUCCAAUCGGGCUCUCCCCAUGAUUAUUCUGUAGGAUGUGUGCUAAUGUGACGCCAUUAUUUCUAAUGUAGCUCAUGAAAUAGCACGUGCUUUGCCUGUUUGUCAAAUCAAAGGUGCUGCAUCCUUUGUUCUGCUACUAAGCCUCUGUAGACUCGUGCACAACUGCAGAGAAUCCUGCAACAUGGCCUCAACCAAUGUGCGAGAGCA